CCAUUAGAGUCGACAGGAUUAUUGGUCAGGAGUUACAAAAGGAGUUUCAACGGAUUUGCGGCGCAACUAACCAAUGACGAAGCCCAAACGAUUUCUGAUAGUGGAAUUUGGCCGGAACUACCCAGUUUCGAUGACCGUGGUUUUGGUCCUCCGUCGGCCAAAUGGAAGGGUGUCUGCAAAGGCGGAUUCAAUUUCACUUGUAACAAUAAGAUAAUCGGAGCUCGGUACUACUCCGGGCGCCGGUCGGCAAGGGAUUACGAAGGUCACGGCAGCCACACGGCGUCCACGGCAGCGGGGAACGUGGUAAAGGACGCCACUUUCUAUGGGCUGGCAAGUGGCGUCGCCAGAGGUGGACUUCCCUCCGCUCGAAUCGCUAUGUAUUCGGCGUGCGAUGACAUAACUUGUUCUUCAGAGGAUGUUCUGGCCGCCUUCGACGAUGCAAUAGCUGACGGCGUCGACGUUAUAUCCGUAUCUAUCUCGACCGGUAUCGCCGGCCAGAUAGACCAAGAUGUCAUUGCAAUUGGGGGUUUUCACGCGACAAACCGUGGAAUCCUGACCGUACAAUCCGUCGGUAAUGACGGGGAAUCACCCGCCAGCAUGGCCAGUGUGGCUCCGUGGUUACUAUCAGUUGCAGCCAGCACCAUCGAUCGGAAGUUCGAAACCAAAGUUGUUCUUGGCGAUGGCAGGAUACUUACAGGGAUCUCAGUGAAUCCGUUCCCGGAGAACAGCGAGGAGCUGCCGUUGAUACAUGGAGAUCCAUCACAGGGCUGCGCAGGAUCUUGUGAUGCUGCCUGCCUUAACAGCAGUGUAGCCAAGGGCAAAAUCGCGAUAUGCGAUUCCAGCAACACCCAAAUUGUGGCUAUAGAAGCUGGUGCUGCUGGAGUUAUCUUCCCUUGGGACGCCCCUGAUGUCGCCGAUGGUGUCUCAUCCCCUGGCGCGGGAGUGGAUCGCCAAACCUUUGACGCCAUUGUCUCAUAUCAUACAUCCACCAAAAAUCCAGUGGCCAAGAUACUGAAAAGUGACACUCUAAAAGAUUCUGGAGCACCAUUGGUGGCUUCCUUCUCCUCCAGGGGUCCGAAUUCUAUCCUCUCUGCUAUUCUCAAGCCGGAUGUGAGUGCUCCUGGGGUGGAUAUCUUGGCUGGGUUUUCUCCUGAAGCAUCAUUAACUGGUGACCCCUCUGACAAAAGACGAUACAGUUUCAAUGUGUUAUCUGGAACUUCUAUGGCCUGCCCACAUGUUGCUGGCGUAGCUGCUUACCUCAAAACUCUACACCCAGAUUGGUCUCCCUCUGCCAUCAAAUCCGCAAUCAUCACCACAGCGUCACCAAUGCAUUCGCAGAAUGUUAGCAAUCCAAGUGAUACCUAUCAAUCGACAGAAUUCGCUUUCGGGUCGGGGCAACUGAAUCCAGUGGGAGCUGCAAACCCAGGACUUGUGUAUGAAACAUCAACACAGGACGACAUCAACUUGCUCUGCAACUUGGGUUACACUGCCGACAGGCUGAGAACCGUAACCGGUGACAACAACAGCAGUUGCGUAGCUCGAGCUGAUCCAGCCGCUAUCAAGGACUUUAACUAUCCCUCCAUAAGCGCUGAUGUUUCGGGUACGAGGGCUGCUUUCCAAAUUUCAUUUCGUAGAACGGUGACGAACGUGGGAACAGCGAAGUCGACAUACACAUCCCAAAUUGUGCCAACCAUGGGAAGACUAAAGAUUGAAGUGAAGCCGCCUGUUCUUGCUUUUGGGUCUCUGAACGAGCAGAAAUCUUUCACCGUGACUGUAUCGGGAGGUAAUUUUCCAGCGAAAGGCGACUUCUUGGCCUCUGCUGCACUAAAUUGGAGCGACGGAGCUCAUAGUGUUAGAAGCCCAAUUGUUAUCUACGCAAAGGAAUAGCCUUUUGAUUUCACUUUAACUGGCUGUUCAUUGAUAAAGA